AUGUUCAAGAAUCAAUACGACACCGACACAACGACGUGGAGCCCCACCGGCCGUCUCUUCCAGGUAGAGUAUGCAAACGAGGCGGUAAACAACGGCUCCGCCGCUGUGGGUGUGAAGAACAGGGAGUACGUUGUGCUCACGGCUCUCAAGCGUAGCCCGGUGGCGGAGCUCUCCUCUUAUCAAGAGAAGGUCUUCAAGCUCGACGACCACGUCGGCAUGGCGAUCGCCGGCCUCGUUGCAGAUGGCCGCGUGCUGGCGCGCUUCCUGCGCACAGAGUCUAUGAACUACCGCUACAUGCACGACAGCAAUCUUCCUCUGUCGCUAAUGACGGACAUGAUCGGCGACAAACACCAGCGCCACAUUCAGCACGCAGGGAAGCGGCCUUUUGGUGUCGGGCUGCUCAUUGCCGGCCACGACUCCACCGGACCACACUUGUACCAAACUGCGCCGUCAGGCGAUGUGUUCGAGUUCAAAGCGACUGCGAUGGGACUGCGCUCGCAGGCAGCGCGCACGUACUUGGAGAAGCACUUUGAAACGUUUCCUGAGUGUGACUGCGACGCGCUUAUCAUGCACGCGCUUAAGGCGCUGGCGGCGGCCACCACUGGCGGCGUGGAGCUAAAUAUCAAGAACACCUCUAUCGCUGUUGUAGGGAAGGACACGCCUUUCACAAUACUCAGCGAGGAGCGGGCGCGGAAAUAUUUGGAUGGUUUCAAGAUGCGGCCGGAGGACAUACCGCCAGAGCCAGAGAAUGAGGAGGAGGAAACGGUCCAGGAACGGCCCCUUGAUGUGGAGGAGUGA